AGGACUUAAACAUGGCGGCUGCGGUCCUUGGGCUGUCUGCGGUGUUGGCUUGGCCCGGGGCGGCCAGAGUUGGAGGUGGUGGCGUUCGCUGUCCCUAGGGGCUGUCCGGAGCUUUGCGGGAACUGAGCCUGGGCGGCCGGCCGGCGCCAGCACCUUUUGGUUUCUGGGACGGCGGCGGUAGCGGCGUUCAGGUUCUAAAUGGCUUCUAAGAAGUUGUGUGCAGACUUUCAUGGGCCUUUCAGUUACCUUGAUGAUGUUCCAUUUAAGAUCGGAGACAAGUUCAAAACACCAGCCAAAGUUGGUCUGCCUAUUGGCUUCUCCUUGCCUGAUUGUUUGCAGGUUGUCAGAGAAGUACAGUAUGACUUUUCCUUGGAAAAGAAAACCAUCAAGUGGGCUGAAGAUAUUAAGAACAUCCAGGAAGCCCAACGGGAAGCUGAGCGCAAAGCUGAGGAAGCAGAAACUAAAGUGAAUGCUCAGAGCGGCCCAGAGGGUGAUAGCAAAAUGGGCUUCUCCAAGACUCACAGCACAGCUGCAAUGCCACCUCCCAUUAACCCCAUCCUCGCCAGCUUACAGCACAACAGCAUCCUCACCCCGACUCGAGUCAGCAGCACUGCCACAAAACAGAAGGUUCUCAGCCCACCUCACACAAAGGCAGAUUUCAAUCCUGCUGACUUUGAGUGUGAAGAAGACCCAUUUGAUAAUCUGGAAUUAAAAACUAUUGAUGAGAAGGAAGAGCUGAGAAACAUUCUAGUAGGAACCACUGGACCCAUCAUGGCUCAGCUAUUAGACAGUAACUUGCCUGGGGGAGGCUCUGGCUCUGUGUUACAGGACGAGGAGGAAGUCCUGGCAUCCUUAGAGCGGGCUACCCUGGAGUUCAAGCCUCAUCACAAACCCAAUGGCUUUAUAACCUUACCACAGUUGGGCAACUGUGAAAAGAUGUCGCUGUCUUCCAAAGUGUCCCUUCCCCCCAUCCCUGCAGUAAGCAAUAUCAAAUCCCUGUCCUUCCCCAAACUUGACUCUGAUGACAGCAGUCAGAAGACAGCCAAGCUGGUGAGCACUUUCCAUAGCACAUCCUGCCUCCGCAAUGGCACGUUCCGGAAUUCCUUAAAGCCUUCCACCCAGAGCGGUGCCAGUGAGCUCAAUGGGCAUCAUUCUCUUGGGCUUUCAGCUUUGAACUUGGACAGUGGCACAGAGGUGCCAGCCCUGUCCCCCUCUUCCCAGAUGCCUUCCCUCUCUGUCUUGUCUGUACGCACAGAAGAGUCAUCACCUCCACAUACAGGUCCCACGGCCACUCCUCCUAAUUUCUCAGUGUCACAAGUGCCCAACAUUUCCAGCUGUCCCCAGGCCUAUUUGGAACUGCAGACACUGUCUCCAAGUGAACGACAGUGUGUGGAGACAGUGGUCAACAUGGGUUACUCCUAUGAUUGUGUCCUGAGAGCCAUGAAGAAGAAGGGAGAGAAUAUUGAACAGAUUCUCGACUAUCUUUUUGCACAUGGACAGCUUUGUGAGAAGGGCUUCGACCCUCUUUUAGUAGAAGAAGCUCUGGAAAUGCACCAGUGUUCGGAGGAAAAGAUGAUGGAAUUUCUUCAGUUAAUGAGCAAAUUUAAGGAAAUGGGUUUUGAACUGAAAGACAUUAAGGAAGUUUUGCUAUUACACAAC